AUGGAAAUAGAUUUGCCAUCCCACUAUGCAGAAUUCCUGAAAGUUGUAUUCAAUAAUUUUAAUGCAGAAAUUAUUGAUGAUAAAUUAUUUAUUAAGUAUGAUAAUAUGACAAAAGAGGAUAUUCAUUUUGAAUUGAAGAAUUUACUUAAGCAACAAUUAACAGAAUGGAAAUUUUCAAUCAAUAUGAUAUGUGUCGUUAUUAGAAAUACAUAUAAACUUGAUGUAGGCAGAUGGCUUAUUUUCCCAAUGAUUUACACAAAUAAUCCUGAUGAUUGUGAUUAUGCUUUAAAUAAAAUUAAGUCUUUAUUAUCAGUAUUAUGUAUAAGGGCUAAUCCAAAUAAGAUGGAAUGCCUUUAUCAAUAUACUAUUGAACAUGGGCUUGAUCUUAAGAAAUUCUUAAUUGUUAUUAAAGCUGAGAAAAAAAAGAUGGGCUACACUAAUCUUCUGUGA